GGGGGGGGAGCGGAGGCGGGCCCGGUGGUUGCCGUGGAGACGGGGUGAACUCUCGGCUCUGGCGCUUCAGCCAGUCAGUCCUGCCAAGACUCCAAGGAGGGCCGCCGCCGCCUCUCCAGCGCCUCGCUUCGGGCAGGCAAAAAUGGCACAGGUUAAGCAAGUGGGACUGUUAGCUGCUGGGUGUCAGCCAUGGAAUAAAGAUGUCUGUGCUGCUAGCGGGGAUAGAUUUGCCUACUGUGCGACUCUUGCUAUUUAUAUAUAUCAGUUAGAUCAUCGGUACAAUCAAUUCAAGUUAUGGGGAAUUAUGUCUGAACACAAGAAGACAAUCACAGCCAUUUCUUGGUGUCCCCAUAACCAUGAUCUAUUUGCGAGUGCGAGUGCAGAUAAUUUAGUAAUAAUUUGGAAUGUGGCUGAAAAAAAAGUUGCUGGAAAACUUGACAGUACAAAAGGUGUUCCUGCCUUUCUUAGCUGGUGUUGGAAUGCAGGCGAUACUAUUGCAUUUGUCUCCCAUAGAGGUCCAUUGUACAUCUGGGCAAUUUCAGGACCUGACAGUGGUGUAACUGUACAUAAAGAUGCUCAUAGUUUUUUAUCAGACAUCUGUCUGUUUCGAUGGCAUCCAAAAAAGAAGGGGAAGGUAGUGUUUGGACACACUGAUGGAAGUCUUUCAAUUUUUCAGCCAGGUUCCAAGAACCAGAAACAUGUUCUUAGGCCAGAAUCGCUUGAAGGGACAGAUGAAGAAGACCCAGUGACUGCUCUGGAAUGGGAUCCUCUGUCAACUGAUUAUCUUCUUGCUGCAAAUUUGCACAAUGGCAUCCGUCUCGUUGAUUCCGACUCUCUCUCCUGUAUCACAACCUUUAGUUUUCCUACUUCAGCAGCAUCUGUGCACUGUUUAGCAUGGGUUCCUAGUGCUCCUGGAAUGUUUAUCACUGGAGAUUCUCAAGUGGGUGUCUUGCGUGUUUGGAAUGUAUCACGAACAACACCAAUAGAUAAUUUUAAACUGAAGAAAACUGGUUUCCAUGGUUUACAUGUUCUUAGUUCUCCUCCAAAGAAAAAAUCAUUUUCUUCACCUUCUAAAAAUCAUCACAUGUCAUCAACAAGCGAAGCUGUUCCACCCCCAUCUCUUACUCAAAACCAAGCAUUUUCUCUACCCCCGGGACAUGUGGUGUGUUGUUUUAUGGAUGGUGGAGUAGGACUUUAUGACAUGGGAGCCAAAAAAUGGGAUUUUCUUAGGGAUCUGGGUCAUGUUGAAACCAUCUUUGAUUGUAAAUUCAAACCUGAUAACCCUGACCUUCUAGCCACAGCAUCAUUUGAUGGAACAAUAAAGGUGUGGGAUAUAAAUACUUUAACAGCUGUCUACACUUCUCCUGGCAAUGAAGGGGUAAUAUAUUCAGUUUCAUGGGCUCCAGGAGACUUGAACUGCAUAGCUGGGGCAACUUCCAGAAAUGGUGCUUUCAUCUGGGAUGUUUCACGGGGCAAAAUGAUCACCCGUUUCAGUGAGCAUGGAAAGAAUGGAAUCUUCUGCAUUGCAUGGAGCCAUAAAGAUUCCAAAAGGAUAGCAACCUGUAGUGGGGAUGGAUUCUGUAUUAUUCGAACCAUUGAUGGCAAAGUUCUUCACAAGUACAAACAUCCAGCUGCAGUUUUUGGCUGUGAUUGGAGUCAAAACAACAAAGACAUGAUAGCUACUGGAUGUGAAGAUAAAAAUGUCCGUGUCUAUUAUCUAGCAACCAGCUCUGAUCAGCCUCUGAAAGUAUUCAGUGGUCAUACUGCAAAAGUGUUUCAUGUAAGAUGGUCUCCUCUGAGGGAAGGUAUCCUCUGCAGUGGUUCUGAUGAUGGCACUGUUCGAAUAUGGGAUUAUACCCAGGAUGCAUGUAUAAAUGUUCUUAGUGGACAUAAAGCACCGGUACGAGGAUUGCUGUGGAAUACAGAAAUACCUUACUUAUUAAUAUCAGGCAGCUAUCGGGCAAUUGAAAUUGGUGCUCCUCCCUUGCUAUGUGGCAAAGUAUCCAGGGAUAUUAAACAAGAAGUGGACAAACUGUCGGGUAACCCUCGAGGGAGAAAACUGAGAUGGCUUUCAGAAUGUGUGUCACCCCCAGGAGGCAGUAAGAACUUGUGGGAUCUAGUAGCUGUAAUAAAAGGCCAAGAUGAUAGCAUGCUUCCACAGAAUUACUGCAAAGGAAUUAUGCACAUGAAACAUCUGAUUAGAUUUAGAAUGUCCAAAGCCCAAGAACUUACCAUUGUAAAGAUGUCUAAGUUUGGAGGUGGCAUUGGUGCACCUAGUAAGGAGGAGAGGCUGAAAGAAGCGGCAGAGAUACAUCUCAGACUAGGGCAAAUUCAGAGAUACUGUGAACUGAUGGUGGAACUUGGAGAGUGGGACAAAGCCCUUUCAGUUGCACCAGGAGUAUCUAUGACAUACUGGAAGAAGUUAAUGCAGAGGAGGGCUGAUCAGUUAAUUCAAGAAGAAAAUGAUGAUGUUAUUCCCUACUGCAUAGCAACUGGUGAUGUGAAGAAACUUGUCACAUUUUUUACUUCAAGAGGACAACUUCAAGAAGCUCUUCUAGUUGCACAGGCAGCAUGUGAAGGAAAUAUGCAAAUGUUCCAGUGUUCUGCACUGAAUGGUUCAGCACAUUUUGAAGGAAGCACCAUGGAAGAUUACAAUGAGAUCCUACAUAAGGUCAGUAAAGAACUUGCUGAGUCGUAUUUUCAAGAUGGCUACGCAGUGCUGGCUGCUUGUUGCCAUUUGGCUGUUGAAAAUAUUGAGCUUGCCAUGGCAUACCUGAUUCGUGGAAACGAACUGGAGUUGGCAGUCAGCGUGGGUACUGUCUUAGGAGAAUGUGCAGCCCAAGCAACACAUUAUGCACUAGAGUUACUAGCAAGAAAAUGUAUGAGUAUAACAACAUGGAUAGCUUCCGUCAUCAUUCAAAACUUGUUUCUUUAUAGGAUCCUACAUAAGGUCAGUAAAGAACUUGCUGAGUCGUAUUUUCAAGAUGGCUAUGCAGUGCUGGCUGCUUGUUGCCAUUUGGCUGUUGAAAAUAUUGAGCUUGCCAUGGCAUACCUGAUUCGUGGAAACGAACUGGAGUUGGCAGUCAGCGUGGGUACUGUCUUAGGAGAAUGUGCAGCCCAAGCAACACAUUAUGCACUAGAGUUACUAGCAAGAAAAUGUAUGAGUAUAACAACAUGCUUUCCAUCACCUGGAUACAGGGAUUUAGCAGCAGAUCUUCUCAUGAUGAUUCCCAGUAAUGAACUACAGUUAGUAAAGCUUUGCGCUUUCUAUCCUGGAUGUACAGCAGAGAUAAAUGAUCUACAUGAAAAGUGCAGCUUACCAGAUGUUGAAGAAUGUAUGCAAUUAGCAGAGGCAGCUCAAAUGGAAGGAAAUACAUUUGAGUCAAUAAAAUACUUUUUGUUAACUAUAGAGCCAGAAAAAGCACUUCCUAUAGGCAUUCAGUAUGUCAAAGAACACAUCAGCAGUUCAAACUGGACCCUGGACUCAGUCUGGCCAUUUCUUGAUCUUUUGAGCUAUAUACGCACGGAAAAAUUACUGCUUCAUAAAUGUAGUGAGUUUCGAAAUGAGUUGUUAAUACUAUGUGGUUACAUUGGUGCUUUACUGGCUAUAAGAAGACAAUACUGUAGCAUUGUACCAGCACUUUAUGAAUAUACCAGCCAGCUUUUAAAAAGACGGGAGGUGUGUGUACCCCUGAAGAUUGAACAACUUUCUGAGGAACUAGAUGCUUGGAGAGCCUGUACUCAAUCACUAAGCAAAUCUUCUGAUGAAUGUCCACAUACACCUCCAUCUGAGUUACAACAAGAGGUUUAUGAAACACUGCUCUCACGAAUAAAAGAAGAACCUCUGAAAGUCAAAAUAGGGCCAGAUUAUGUAACUGGCUCUAACCUUCCCAGUCAUUCAGAUGUUCAUGUCUCUUGCUUGACAGGAUUAAGGAUACAGGGUCCGGUGUUUUUUCUUGAAGAUGGAAAGUCGGCAGUUUCACUUAAUGAUGCAUUGAUGUGGGCAAAAGUGAACCCCUUCUCUCCGUUGGGAACAGGAAUACGACUCAACCCCUUCUAAUGCACAAGAAUACUCCCUUUUAUGAAAAUGAACAAAAACGUGUCAGCUAUUUGUUGCUAUUAGUUGAAGGAUUUAGGACUGAAUCUUCCUUGAAGGAUAGUUUCAUGAAGUCUGCAAAUUUUAUAUUUAAUUUAUAUUAUUAUAUUUGGUAAUCCAAAGAAAGGCAAACAUAGUUGGCAACCUGGAGAUUUUUAAAAAGGAUUUCACAUGCUAUUUCCAUGAACAAAAGACAAUGUCACAUUCAUGUAUAACUUAUGCUUCUUAGAAAAGUGUCUGUAAAUUGCUUUUGGAAUCACGGGUCUACAAUGAAGGGUACAUCAUUCAUAGUUUAGAUUAAGUCUUGUAUAUGUCUCCUCCUGGUGUAAAUUAAGAGCACAAUCUACAAAACUGCUUCGAUGCAAGAUCAUGGAAACCAAUCACGUUGAUACAGCUCUUCAUGAUGGAUCGUGUUCUGAUGAAUCCAGUAAAUGAUUAAUGAAUCUAAAUUAAAUUGUUGUAUUAUAAAUACAGAUUUCCAUUUAGCAGAUUUUUUGAAAUAUUUAGUUUUACACUUCAACUGACAUAAGAUUUUUUCUUCUAUUUUGAAUAUCUAGAUUUGCACUUGACAUUUCUCUUUAUUUUCAAUUAAUAAGCUUAUUUCUAAAAGUUAUUUUAUGAAAAAUACCAUGUAAGUAAAUUACUUGUUGGAAUGCCUCUAAAUACCAUCAUGUAAAUGUGGAGAAUUUAAUUCCUUUAAUUUUAGUGAUUGUAAACGGAUGGUAUUCAAAGUUCUGAAAUGCUAAUAAAUUGCUGAUUUUUUUAUACAAA